AUGGUCGCCACCAUCCCCCGCACUGCCUCGGCCGUGUGCCCGGCGUCCGCCAAGGCCGCAACCGCCCAGCGCUCCGCCGGCCGCGUCGCCGCGAGCGGGCCGCAGGGCAGCGUGCAGCCCUUCACGCCCAUCGCCGACUCCCGCGUGUGGACGCCCGCGACCUGGGCCGGCCGCCAGCAAGAGUUCAUAUACACCCUCACCGCCGACGACGUCGCCCAGUUGGAGGCGGCCACGGCGGCGUUCACCGCCGCCGCCAACGCCCCCGGCGGCCCCGGCCUGAGCGCCGCGCUGGUCGGCCUGACCGCGGCCGCCUUCCCGCUGCCCCGCCUCGGCCCCAAGCUCGCCGCCCUCGCCGACGCCCAGCUCCGCCCCGGCGGCGCCGGCGGGCGCGGCUUCCAGCUGCUGCGAGGCCUGCCCAUGGGCGAGUGGUCCGAGGUCGCGGCGCUCGUCGCCUACCUCGGGGUGGCGGCCCACAUGGGAGUCCACGCAGUCCGCGGCGAUGGGCUUCCACACUGA